AUCUAGGCGCGUGUGCUGCCUGCAGCCGCACCGGAGAAACGAAACACCUCCGGAACACCGUCAUCCUGAACUUGAUACCCAAAGCACCCGUGGACCUUGACUAUCCCAAACUCCCCAACUCCCCAACUCCCCAACUCUCCAUUCCUCGUCAUUUGUGCCUGUGCACCGGUCACAUUCACCAACCCGGUGCACAUCCUCGUGACCAUCCCCACCCAAGCUCUCAAGCUUCUCCAUCCCGCGCGGGAGCCUCAAAUCACCUCCGUGGGCUCUUCCAUCAAUCCUCUUCGUACCCCUCACAACAAACACAAUGCGAAUACAAUCAAGCGGAGUCUCACUCCUCCUCUCCGCUCUCGUCCCCGGCCUGGCCUCGGCGUCCGGCUUUGAUUGCGAACACAUCAAGGUCGACGGUUACAAAUAUGACCUCAGCCCCCUAAAAGGCGUCCACGAAGUGACACACAGCGUAACCACGGACGAUUUUGUUACCAAUACAACAUACCGCCUCAACAUUUGCAAUAUUCUGGGUUCAGCAGCCCACCAGGGCAAGGCGACGUGCGGCGCAAGCAGGAACAUCUGCGGCUUCGUACAACGGUCUCCAAAAGAUGGAAACGGUGGCACCGAAUUCGGCUUCCCGAUCGUCGGACUCGACCACGGUGGUCACGGCUCUAAGGACCCCGAAGUGAAGCGAUUGAAGCAAGAUAACCCCGACUCUGAAGGUCUCCUCGUUAAGCUCGCCGGUGGUGAAUACAAGGGCGAUGACAACGAGCAAAAAGGCAAGGCUGCAGGUGCUGUCAUUGAAUUCCAGUGUGAUCCCGAUCGAUCUGGACUGGAGGGGUUGCACACACUCCAAGAUACACUGGAAGAUACACCGGCGCAGGUUUUGCGACGUCUUACGGCUACCGCGGAUGAAGGCGAGACGCCAAGGAACAGCAGCCUUCAGUUCAGGAGUUUUGGUCCUGCAGAUGAUGAUACCUAUAUUCUGAGACUGGAUUGGCGUACACGAUAUGCCUGUGACGACUACCAGAAGGAGAAGGGAGACACAUCUGGCUCGAAGAGCUGGGGUUUCUUCACUUGGUUGAUUAUCAUUGCCUUCCUCUGCACUGCCACCUACCUUAUCUUCGGCUCAUGGCUAAACUACAACCGCUACGGCGCCCGCGGCUGGGACCUCCUCCCGCACGGCGACACCAUCCGCGAUGUCCCCUACAUCUUCCAGGACUGGCUCCGCCGUGUGAUCAAUACCCUGCAGGGGGCAGGCUCGCGGGGCGGAUACAGUGCAGUCUGAUAGGGCUUCGACGGGACGAUUGGAUAUGAGUUGGCUAUUAUACUCUUAUGUACUUUUGACUCAAGACACAACAUCUUCUUUUUGACCAAG